UACAUCGAUGUUCAAUUAUUUCCAUUCAAAUGUUAAGGAUGUGAAUUCACUGUGAAGAUUCACAGUUUUUAACAGUUCAGCUUUUAAACGAGGGUUUAGGUUAGUGUUUAGAGAAAAGAGAUUUUAUUAGAUAAAAUUAAACUCCAGUAUGGAAUGAAUAUUACGAGCGUUGUUAUAUGAACAAACAUAGGAUAUUCAAUGUAUAAUUAUGUCGGACGAGGGUGGAAGUGAAAGUGCAGACCUGCAAGGUGGCUACGCAGUAACGUUAGAGGACCAAUCUACCCAGCUUUCUCCUGUGUCUGAGCCUGCGAAUUCUCCUCCAUCCAGUGGCACGGCAAGCCCAGCAAUAAAGCUUAAAAGUGGGAAAGUGGAUGUUUUGCUAAAAGCAACUGGUGAUGCACCAAUAAUGAAAAAGAAGAAGUGGGCAGUUGACCCAAGCAAGAAAAUUGGAUGGAUUAUUGAAUUUAUUAAGAAGUACAUAAAAGCGGAACCCUCAGAAUCUGUGUUCCUCUAUGUGAAUCAAUCAUUCGCUCCAGCACCUGAUGUUGAAGUUGGCACAGUAUAUGAUUGUUUUGGGAGUGAUGGGAAGCUAGUACUUCACUACUGCAGGACUCAAGCCUGGGGAUAGCUGUAAAAAUGGAAAGGUUCAAGAUGCAACUUCCAAAAUACAUGGAUAAUUCUAUACCUUUUUUUUAUUAUAAAAGAAGAACUUAACAAAUUGGUUUUAAAGCUGUGGGCAAACACUCCACACAUAAGUUGGUGUGCUACUUAAUUUAUUGGUAUAUAUUUGUAGAUAUGUAAAUCAUGAAUGAUAAAAAUGUACACCAACUGUUGUAAUUGUCAAACAGUUUUAUUUACAAAGAAAGAGUUAAGUACAUACAACCACAAUAAUUCUCACAUUAAAAAAAUAAAAAUGCAUAAAUUUA